GUGUGCGAGCUCCAUCCACCUUUAUUACUUGUGCCAUCUACCCGGGUCCAGGCACACCCGCGGACGCGGAGCGACCUUCGACGUACAGAACCAGGAAGGGUUGACAGCUCUAAUGAUCUCCUCAAGGACUGGUGGUACAACUGGACUCAUAGAGACACGUACAGACCCCUGGACCACGGAAUCAUCGACGAGCCACAAGGACUGGUACAACUGGACUCACAGGCCCCCGGACCACUACAAGAAGAGCUGAGACGACACCCAUCACUAGAACAGUUCUCAUGAUGUAUUAUUGUUUUCCCACUUUUGCACCACAUGGCUAAUGAUAAUAUUAUAUAGCAACAUUAUGUGCACUACUUCAUUGAUUCUU